AUGAUAUCCUUAAUAAGUUAUAAUUUAUGUAAAUCUAGUAUAUUACUUGGACAAACAACAAAAGAAUAUAAUUCAUUAUAUAUACAUUUAAUUGAACAUAAUUAUAAAUUAAUAACUAAAACUCAUGCAUAUGCAUCAUGUUUAUUUUUACUUGAAAGUCAUGAAGUUGAUUUACAUUCAUAUGAUAUUUUAUUAUCAUUAAUUAAAGAUAAUAAUUUAACACAAAAAAUUAUAUCAAGUAGUCUUGAAAGACUUUUAAUAGUUGGUCAAUAUCCUAAAAAUGAUAUAUGGCGUUUAUAUGAACGUUCAAUAACAAUAAUACGUCAAUCAUCAUCGUUCAAUAUUGAUUAUCUUGUUUUAAUACUUACACCUUUACUUUUAUUACGUCCAUUACCAUUAUUAUUUGCACAUAUUGGUUUAUCGGAUUGUUUAAUGAAUAAAAUGAUUUUAGAAUUUGCUGCAUCAACACAAUAA